AUGGCGUCGCGCACCUACGACGAGGCCCUGCGCCGGCUCGCGCAGCUGCAGUCCAACCACGCCGUGGUGGCCGCCUUCAGCGCCGCCACAAAAACCCCCGGCGGCGACCCCGCCCUCAACGCCCGCGCCAUGCCCGAGACGGCCGCCUGGCUGCGCCGCGCCGGCUACGCCCCCGCCGACCUGGCCGCCGGCGGCCUGCGCUGCGUCCACGUCGCCGGCACCAAGGGCAAGGGCUCCGUCACGGCUCUCGUCGCCGCCGUGCUCGCCCAGUACCCCGCCGCCGGCCCCGUCGCCGCCUACACGUCGCCCCACGUCGUUACCGUGCGCGAGCGCAUCAUGCUGCAAGGCCACCCCAUCGCCCCGGCCAAGUUCGCCGCCUACUUUUUCGAGCUGUGGGACCGCUUCACCGCGGCCGCCGCGUCGCCUGAGGCUGCCACCGACGGCCUGCCCACGGCCCGCGACGCCCCCGACGCCGCCGGCCCCGCCACUAAGCCCUUCUACUUCCGCUUCCUGACGAUUCUGGCGCUGCACGUGUUUGUGCGCGAGGGCGUGCGCUCCGCCGUCGUCGAGACGGGCAUCGGCGGCGAGUACGACCCGACCAACAUCCUGCCGCCGCAGGCUGUCACGGCCGCCGUUGUCACGCAGCUCGGCAUCGACCACGUCGCCAUGCUGGGCGACACGCUCGAGAGCAUCGCCUGGAACAAGGCCGGCAUUUUCAAGGCUGGCGUGCCAGCGUUCACGCGCCGGUUGGACUCUAACUCGGGCGUCAUGGCCGUGCUGCGCGCGCGCGCUGCCGAGAAGGGCGCCAGCGCGCUCGUCGAGCUUGACGACGGCGAUGUUGCUCGCUGGCGCGGCGUCGGCGACGGCGCGCGCCUGCAGGGCCCGUUCCAGAAGCACAACAUGGCGCUGGCGGCCGCCGCCGCGCGCCAGCACCUCGUCGCGCUGGGCCGCGUGUUCGACGGCGAGUUUGCGCGGCCCGACGCGGGCGGCCCGGCGCUGCUGCAGGCGCUGCCGGCCGAGUUUGAGCGCGGGCUGCGGGCGGCGACGCUGCGCGGGCGCUGCGAGGCGUUUGUCGAUCCCGACAGCGGCGCCGAGUGGCUCGUCGACGGCGCGCACACCGAGGACAGCCUCGCGGGCGUGGGCGAGUGGUUUGCCGGCAGGGCGGCCGCGGGACAGCCAGGGGUGCGCCCGGGGCCGCUGCUAACGGCGCUACUCGCGGGGGCCGCGGCUGGGGAUGGGGCCGCGACGCCCGUGUUUACGCAUGCCAUCUUCACGCGGAACAACGAGGAGCUCGCGGACGAGGACCUGGCGGUGCAGCGCAGGGCUUGCGAGGCGCUGCGGGCACUGCCUGGGGCCACUGGCACCGAGACCCACGUGGUGGGCGCCGUGCGGCCGGCCGUCGAGCUGGCCAGGAGCAUUGCCCGGCAGGCUGCGCAGGGGACGCCGUGCAAGGUGCUGGUCACGGGCAGUUUCCACCUGGUGGGCGCGGUGCUGCGGACCGUUGGUCACGAUGUGGAAGAGUAG